AUGGGAGAGACAUUCAACACCAUCUGCAUCGUUUCGCUGGCGGUCCAUCAAAUCAACUCAGACAACGAGCGGGAGACAGGCUUGACUGACAGCAGACGUUCGUGUAAAACCUCUUCCCCAACACCUAUUACUGUCAACGCCAGAACGCCUCCAUGCACGAACAUCAGCCUGCAGCAAAUCGAUAAGAUUUUCUCUUGGGAAGUCAACAGCACUGGAUGCCAGGUUAUAAAAUUUCCCAAGACGGAGGAUAAACGAAAAGUAAUAUUUUCAAAACCACUUCAGGGUUCAGGAACCAAAUAUACCAAGAACAACGUUCUUCAUUAUCUUCAAAUCUAUAAAUAUCAAGCCAUUAUAAACAACUAA